CGUUCAUUUGAACGCAUUCAUUCAUCCAAAUCGUAUUUUUUGGGUGUUUUGGGAGUGUCUUCGCACGCUUUGUUUUGAUUCCGAAUCUUCUGCAAGGACGAGAAGUGGUGAAUUUCCACAUGUUGGCAUAGAUUAGGUUUCUAGUCACUGACUGUAGUACUUUGCACGGCACAAGCAAAGAUACGGUCACGCUUUGAAUGGGUCAAGAGAGAGACGAAAGACGAAAAGUGUGUAGUGUAAACAAGUUGUUUUUCUGUAAAUGCUUGUAAUUUUGUGCGGGAGGGAACAGUUGCGUCAGAAUCUUGGAAGUGAACAGAUUGGUGUGGAAAGUGCGGAAAAGAACCCCAAUUACAAUUGUGCAUCGCUGACACAUUUGCCAGUAGCGGCUGUGACUGUAUAAGAAAUUGGCCCCAUUAUUCUGUGAGGCUCAAAUAAUGGAUAAAAUCGAUUUGUUGUUCAAUGUACACAGCAAUCUGGAACCUCCAAAACCUGACGGAAACACGUAUCUGAUGCGAGGAAAUUAUUAUUACUAUCAUUACGGAUGCGAUGGAUUUCAAGACAUGGGCUGGGGAUGUGGCUAUCGCACGCUGCAAUCGAUUUGUUCAUGGAUCAUUCUCAACAGCAAGCCCGAUAAGGAGGUUCCAAAUAUUCCGACUAUCCAGCAGACAUUGGUCGAAAUCAAGGACAAACCGGAAAGGUUUUUCGGCUCACGCGAAUGGAUUGGAACGUUGGAGGCAAUUUAUGUGAUUGAUACCCUGUUCGAUGUCUCCUGCAAGGUGGUACAUAUUGCGAAAAAAGACAGUAUCGCAAAGCACAGUGACGCACUAAAGGAGUACUUCGAAACGUAUGGUGGACUUAUCAUGAUGGGAGGCGAUAUGGACGCGGCGUCCAAAGGAAUCGCCGGAAUCCAUGUUAGCACCGAUCAGGAUAUUUAUCUACUGGUGAUCGAUCCCCAUUUUGUAGGGAAAAUAAGAACCAAAGAGGAACUUUACACUAAAAACUACGUGAAAUGGCAAAAAGUAGACGAAUUUGUUGAUAGCUCCUUCUAUAAUUUAUGUCUUCCGAUGGUGAAAAAUUAAAAGUAUUUAAGAACGAGAGCACGCAUUUAUAUAAGGUAGAUGUAAGGAAUCCGAUUGCGCAAAGCUGUUUAUCUAUUCUUGUGUAAUUAUAUAUCUUGAAAAAUAUUAUAUAGAAAAAACGUAGUAAUUUCGGCAGAAAGAAGUUUACGGUAUUAACAAUACAUAAAAAUGAUUUGUAUACAUUGUAGUUCGAUUGUAUACAUCGAUGUCAAAUCAUAAAUAGCAAAUGUACCAUCUUGUUAAUUCACAUAACACAAAUUUGUUUAUAUAUUGACGAUAUUAUACAAAGCAUGUGUAUAGCCGUAUUUAGACAAAUAAUACAGGCAGAAUGUUUUAUGGACUUAUGAGCUACAUUUGUCUGACGCUAUCUGGGACCAAUUGAGGAAUUUAAUCGUAUCAUUCGAUCAUAUCAAAAUCGUCAUCACACCCGGGAGGUCAAGUUCAUUGUGCACAAAAUCGAAACACCGGCAAGUUUUCUAGUCUGCUAGCCUGGCUUUAGAAUGUUAUAGCGACUGUUUUCUAACUGAGAUUGUACACUGCCGUUCCGAAAAUAUUGGUGUAACAGUUUCAAAAAUAGUAUCUCGGUUACCGUUGAAUAGUUUACAUCCGUUAUGACGCCAUUAUUCCGCAAUUCGGAACAAGAUUAUAUUGUUGUUUGAAAAGAUGAUUUCCACGAAUAGAGAGUAUUUUGUAUGUUAGGCUAUUUAUUAUUUUGUUAACUUAUUAUGUGUCAUAAAAAUAUAAAACUUAUUCCAGUA